AUGUCGUGGAAGAAGUCGGCCCAGCUGAUGGAGACCAUCAAGCACUACUCCAGCUUCCCAGCGACUGGCGUGAGUCUGCGGCAGAUGGUACAGUUCGGGAGUAACCCUUCGACCGGAACACUUUUCCGGGCUUCUCAAUUCCUCUCAGAAGAAUUGCCCAUACGCCUGGCGCAUCGAGUGCAAGAGCUAGGCGAUCUUCCCGAUGGCUUGAAUGAGAUGGAAAGCAUAAAGCGAGUACAGGAUUGGUAUGCGCAGUCAUUCGAAGAAAUUACAACCCUACCGAAACCCAACCUCAGCACCGAAGUCCGAGAGCGUCUGUUGAAGCCGAUCAAAAGCAACAACAAGACCUCGCGCAUCCUUAGCGAAACCACCCAGAAUCCAAGCAUAAGGCCUGGACAAUACAAAUCAGACGUCAAAGGAUUGAAAUCGGGCGAGGAUAAAGAGAAUGGCAACGGCAACGGCAACGGUCAAGCCAAAAAGACAGCCGCGAGGAGGUACUUCACAGCUGCAGAAGACGGCAAUGACUGGCCUCCCGAGCUCAGCGACUAUAACACAAGAUUUGCCCAGACACUGGAGAAGAUCAAGCGGCGUCACGACAGCGUUGUCACGACAAUCGCACAAGGAAUCCUCGAAUACAAGCGCAAACGGCAACGAAUGCAGAUCGACCAUAACAUCCAGGCCUUCCUCGACAGAUUUUACAUGUCACGUAUAGGUAUACGAAUGCUGAUCGGCCAGCACAUCGCCUUGACAGACCAACGGACACACAGCGACCCGAACUACGUAGGUAUCAUCUGCACGAAAACGAAUGUCAAAGAGCUGGCGCAAGAGGCCAUCGAGAAUGCGAGAUUUGUGUGCGAGGAUCACUACGGCUUGUUCGAUGCACCCAAAGUACGGCUGGUAUGUCCGGGCGAUUUGAACUUCAUGUACGUGCCCGGCCAUUUGUCGCACAUGCUAUUCGAGACUCUCAAAAACAGUCUGCGAGCCGUUGUGGAAACACACGGACAGGACAAGGAGGAGUUUCCAGUGACGCAGGUGAUCGUUUCAGAGGGCAGGGAAGAUAUCACGAUCAAGAUCAGUGAUGAAGGAGGUGGCAUUCCGCGAAGUGCAAUUCCAUUGGUCUGGACGUACAUGUACACAACCGUGGACCAGACGCCGAAUUUGGAUCCCGACUUCAACAAAAGCGACUUCAAAGCACCAAUGGCAGGUUUUGGAUAUGGACUUCCGAUUUCCAGACUGUAUGCUAGGUACUUUGGAGGAGACCUCAAGCUCAUCUCCAUGGAGGGAUAUGGAACGGAUGUGUACCUACAUCUGAAUCGCUUGAGCUCAUCUUCCGAGCCGCUGCAGUGA